UUUUUGCAAAUUUCCCAAGAACAUUUCACCAAAGUAACGAAUCAUCCUUUUCAUUGCCCGUCAGAUCCUUGCCGUUUGCAGAAGAGUGCUACUGUGGCGAAGAAGCAUCAAGUCCAGAUCGCCGCCGAACAUCGGUUUCCUGGUUCGCAGGACGAGAUUAUAAGCCCAAUUCGAAAUCAACGUCUCCCGAAGGCGAAGACCCGGAGUGGCGAAGCGCCUCGCCGGAGAAGCGGAGAAGAUUGAAAUGGACAGGAUUGUGGCCGCGAAGGAGCUCGCCUUUCGAGUCGGAUUCACUGGCUACAGUGGCCACCUCAGGGUCGAACCCCUCUCGCCACUCGAACGCCCCAACGGUCUCAGCUCUCUACCCGAUUUUGUGCCAGAACUGUGGCUGUUGGUAGUGCAGAAUGGAGAGAAAAGGAUCCCUGUAGCUGAUAGGUUCAAGCCACCUGCAUUUCCUAGGGAAACUCCUGAAUCUAUAAAAGAGUACAUAGAGGAGAAGUAUCUCUUUCCAAGAUUGGAUGCUGAUGAGUUUUCUCCAGAAAAAGCUGGAAGGCAAUGGGAAUUUGAUUGGUUCAGUAAAUCUAAAAUUCACCUAGAGCCAUCAUUGCCCCGGACUGUUGUAGUUCCCACUUGGGAAUUGCCAUUUAGACACCCCAAGAAUGGAUUGGGGAAAGGAAAAUGCGAACCCAUCUCGGUGCAGGGGGAGGUAUCAGGACUCACGGUAGGGGCUGAGGGAUCUGCUGGUUUGCCACGCAUGGCUGGACCUACAAAAGACUUUGUGAAGGGAAGCCUCAAUAACCGCCCUUUCCGUCCAGGUGGUUUGGAUGAUUCCCAAGCCCUGGAGAAGCUUCUUCCUAUGGGUGUCUCUAAUGGGGAAUGGGUAUGGGAGGUAAUUAAUGGUGGCCCUUCCCAAACCAUUCCUCCUGGCUUCAAGCAUGGAGUGGAUCUUGAUGAUCUCAAGGCACAUCCCUACUCAUGGACAGUUUGUGAGGACCAAAAUGCUGUUGAGAGCGCAUCUGAUGAAAAGCUGAAUGAGUUUUCAGUGCAGUUUGAUGACUUAUUUAAGAAAGCAUGGGAAGAGGAUGUUGGAGAAUUUGCGAGAGAUGGGAUUGUGGUAAUCAACUUACUCAGCAAGCCGAUUCCUUCAGUUUAUCUACAGCUACCUUUCAACUCUCUACAUUACCAUGGUCACAAUUCAGAAUUGGAAGCUGAAGUCCACGAGGAAUCUAUUGAGUUGCAACCUGAAGCUAAUAAGGAAAAUGCACCUGGUGGUAUUGACACUGAAUCUCUGGUCCUGGAUGAGAUUUUGUCAGUUGAAUCUGGAAGGUCAACUUCAAGACUGAAUGAAACUAGUGAUAGUGGAGCGGAGGCUGCAGAGCAGGACAAAGAGGCCUGGGCGAUUAGUGGAGGUAGUGAAGGGGUUGCUGAACAUUUUCAUGAACUUGUUCCAGACAUGGCACUUGAGUUUCCUUUUGAACUUGAUAAAUUCCAAAAGGAGGCUAUCUAUUACCUUGAAAAGGGGGAUUCUGUUUUUGUUGCAGCCCACACAUCAGCUGGGAAGACAGUUGUUGCAGAAUAUGCAUUUGCUCUGGCAUCAAAACACUGCACGAGAGCUGUAUAUACUGCUCCAAUUAAAACCAUUAGCAACCAAAAGUACAGGGACUUUUGUGGGAAAUUUGAUGUUGGCCUUCUGACUGGGGAUAUUAGCUUGAGGCCGGAGGCUUCUUGUCUUAUCAUGACCACUGAGAUACUAAGGUCAAUGCUUUACAGAGGUGCUGAUAUCAUACGUGACAUUGAAUGGGUUAUCUUUGACGAAGUGCAUUAUGUUAACGAUGUGGAAAGAGGUGUUGUUUGGGAAGAAGUUAUUAUUAUGCUUCCAAGGCAUAUUAAUAUUAUCCUUCUUUCUGCCACGGUUCCGAACACGAUUGAGUUUGCUGAUUGGAUUGGUCGCACAAAACAAAAGAAAAUUCGUGUAACUGGGACAACAAAGAGACCAGUUCCAUUGGAGCAUUGUCUCUUUUAUUCUGGAGAACUUUACCAAAUUUGUGAAAGCGAAAUCUUCAUGCCUCAGGGUGUCAAAACUGCUAAGGAGGCAUACAAGAGACAAAAGGCAACACAUGGUGGUUCUUCAGGAAAAUAUCCUGGGUUUUCAUCAGGCCACGAUGGGAGUAGACCUCAAAAACGUGAAAAUUCUCAUGGAAGACAUAAUAAACAUUCUGGUUCUCACAAUUUGGGUAGCUUCUCUGGGAUGGGUGGUGGGAACCAACAUAAUGCUAGCAAUCGUGGGUCCUGGAGAUCAGAAGCAUCCUUGUGGCUGUUGCUUAUCAAUAAGCUCUCAAGGAAGUCAUUACUACCUGUGAUUAUUUUUUGCUUCUCAAAGAAUCGCUGCGACAAAUCAGCUGACAAUAUAACAGGGAUCGACCUCACAAGUAAUUCUGAGAAAAGUGAAAUACGAGUCUUCUGUGACAAAGCAUUUUCGAGGCUAAAGGGAUCUGACAGGAAUCUACCACAGGUGGUCAGAGUUCAAAACCUUCUCCGGAGAGGUAUUGGUGUGCAUCAUGCAGGUCUACUUCCAAUUGUUAAGGAAGUUGUUGAGAUGCUUUUCUGUCGUGGGGUGAUUAAGGUUUUAUUUUCAACAGAGACAUUUGCUAUGGGAGUUAAUGCCCCAGCUAGGACAGUGGUUUUUGAUACCUUAAGGAAAUUUGAUGGCAAGGAAUUUAGACAAUUGAUUCCUGGAGAAUACACUCAAAUGGCUGGUCGUGCUGGCAGGAGAGGGCUUGACAAAAUUGGUACAGUUGUCAUAAUGUGUCGCGAUGAAAUUCCCGAAGAGAGUGAUUUGAAAUGUGCCAUUGUUGGCAGUGCAACCAGGCUUGAAUCUCAAUUUCGACUGACCUACAUCAUGAUCUUACAUCUCCUUCGUGUUGAAGAACUGAAGGUUGAGGACAUGUUGAAAAGAAGUUUUGCUGAAUUUCAUACUCAGAAGAAACUUCCAGAGAAACAACAACUUCUACUGCGAAAACUUGCUCAGCCCGUAAGAACUAUUGAGUGUAUAAAAGGUGAACCAGCAAUUGAGGAAUACUAUGAGAUUUAUUCAGAGGCCGAGAAAUAUAGCAACCAGAUAUCAGAGGCAAUUGUCCAGUCUCCCUCCUCUCAACAAUUUCUUAUGCCUGGAAGAGUCAUGGUUGUGAAAUCACAAUCAGCCCAAGAUCACUUGCUUGGUGUCAUUGUGAAAUCACCUUCUGCUAAUGCUAAACGAUACAUUACUUUAGUUCUGACACCAGAAUUACCAUCAACUUUUCAAGGUCCUUUGACUGGUGGUAAUUUGCAAGAUAAGAAGUCUCCUGAUUUCCAGAUACUGGUACCUAAAGCAAAACGUGGCUUGGAUGAUGACUAUUAUUCUGCUGUUACAUCUCGGAAAGGAUCGGGCAUUAUCAACUUAAUAUUACCUCACCGUGGCAUUGCUGCUGGUGUAAAUUACGAGGUUAGGGAGAUUGAUAAUAAAGACAUCCUAUCUAUAUGCAGUUGCAAGAUAAAGAUUGAUCAAGUGGGGCUUUUACAAGAUAUCAGCAGUGCUGCUUAUUCCAAGACUGUGCAACAGCUGUUGGAUAAAAAAUCUGAUGGAAAAUACCCUUCAGCGCUGGAUCCAGUGAAAGAUCUGAAGUUGAAUGACAUGAAUAUUGUAGAAGUUUAUUAUAAAUGGAAUAACUUAUGGCCGAAGAUGGCGCAGAAUAAGUGUCAUGGGUGUGUUAAAUUAGAGGAGCACAUCAGGCUAGCAAAAGAGAUGAUGAAGCACAAAGAGGAAGUUAACGCAUUGAUGUUUCAAAUGUCAGAUGAAGCACUUCAGCAGAUGCCAGAUUUUCAGGGUCGAAUAGAUGUUCUGAAGGAAAUUGGGUGUAUAGAUGCUGACCUCGUUGUUCAGAUUAAAGGACGUGUUGCUUGUGAGAUGAAUUCUGGGGAGGAGUUGAUAUGCACUGAAUGCUUGUUUGAGAACCAACUGGAUGACCUGGAACCAGAAGAAGCAAUGGCAAUAAUGUCUGCCCUUGUAUUUCAGCAGAGAAAUACUUCUGAACCUUCUCUUACUCCCAAAUUGUUCCAAGCCAAAAAAAGAUUGUAUGAAACUGCAAUAAGACUUGGGGAACUUCAAGCGCACUUCAAACUACAGAUUAGCCCCGAGGAGUAUGCUCAAGAAAAUCUCAAGUUUGGUCUUGUCGAAGUGGUCUAUGAAUGGGCAAAGGGAACUCCGUUUGCGGAUAUCUGUGAGCUCACUGAUGUUCCUGAAGGGCUGAUAGUCAGGACCAUUGUCAGACUGGACGAGACAUGCCGGGAAUUCAAAAAUGCGGCGUCAAUCAUGGGUAACUCUGCCCUGUACAAGAAGAUGGAAGCUGCUUCGAACGCAAUAAAGCGCGAUAUUGUUUUCGCUGCUAGCUUGUACAUUACUGGUUUAUAAAGCAUUUGCCUCAGCGCUUAAAGAAUAGAAAGGGGAUUUUCCCAAAGUGUCUGUUGUACAUUUUCAUCUGGAGUAGUGUCUCAAACCCCACAGCUUUAAGUUGCUGAAUUACCCCAGCAUCUGUAACCAGUUGUUGUCUAAUUGUUUCCUAGGAACAGCUGAAAAUGUAUAUUAUUAACUUGGCGAUAAAUGCCUCAACGAGCCAAUAGAGAUGAUUGAGAUUUGAGUGAUAGAUGAAGCCAUUAAGGCCUGAUAUAAAUAAAUUUACAGUCAACUAAGCCUUAA